UAGGCCGAUAGUUAGACUUUCUUUAGUUCGUUCUAUCGUCGUUCGUUCGUUCCAUUACGUCCUUUCUUCCUUGGUUUUGUCAGAGUUGUUUGGUUUUGUUGUGUUUUUCUUCAAUAAGACAUUGACCGAAGCAAUUGAAGAGCCCUGAGUACAGAUUGUGACAUCCCGUAAGGAUCUACGAUUACUUCCCUUGCAAACCAGAGAGCCCACCUCGUCAUGCAGCCAUUACUCUUGCACUCCGUGAGCUGCUGGGACAUGACAAGAUUGCGAAGGAGCUGGAUUCUGAUCUCAGUUUCUGGGUACGAGGGUAUGUGAUUUGUGUUCUAUUUUUAUUUUUGUUUUUUCAGAUGUUUUGAGCUGUUAGAGAUUAGGGUAUGGCGGGAGGGAGCUCACGAGGGGGUAGCGGUAGCAGUGGUAAGAAAAAAAAGAAAGCGAAGCCCUUGUCGAAAGACCCAGUUCGCCUUGCUGCCGCAGUCCUCACGCUUUCCAAAUGGGCGUCGCCGAAGAUGCCCUGUUUGAACCUCUCGCUCCCCAAAAUGGACCUUCACACGCACAGCACCUGCAGUGAUGGCAGGUUGUCACCAACUGACUUGGUGUUACGUGCUCACCGGAAUGGGGUCAACGUCUUGGCGCUCACAGACCACGAUACUAUGGAGGGUGUUCCAGUUGCUUUGAAAGUUGCACGUGACCUUGGGAUGAGGCUCAUUCCGGGCGUUGAGAUUAGUGCCAAAUUUGCAUCAACUUCACAACUACAACGGGGAGAGGAGGAAAAUGUUCAUAUUUUGGCUUACUUUAGCUGUUGUGGUCCAGCCCAUCCCGAGGAACUAGAAGCAUGCUUGAACAAAAUUCGUGAAGGGCGGUACACUCGUGCGAAGCGAAUGGUGCAGAAACUAAAAGCCCUGAAUAAGCCUGUGAAAUGGGAGAGUGUCCUCGACAUAGCAGGAGAUGGCGUGGCUCCUUGUCGGCCACAUGUGGCCCGAGCAUUAUUAGAAGCUGGUCACGUUGAUACUAUUGGAGAGGCUUUUACCCGUUUUCUUCGUGAUUCUGGUCCUGCUUAUGUUGCAGGUGCUGAGCAGCCUGCCGAGGAGGUAGUGCGGUUGAUUCAUCGAACAGGCGGCAUUGCAGUUCUUGCACAUCCAUGGUCGUUGAAAAACCCUAGCCCGCUCAUAGACCGACUGAAAGACGCAGGUCUGGAUGGUAUGGAGGUGUACAGAAGUGGUGGAAAAGACCCUGCAUGGGUAACCUGCGCUGGCAACCUUCUGAAGGUGGGCGGAUCUGAUUAUCAUGCAUCUGGUGCAGUGGAAGAGACUGACGUUGGAGGCAUUGCACUCCCAGCUGGAACGAUGCUCCAAUUUUUGACAACUGCUCAGCCUAUUUGGAUAUCUGCUCUACGCGUUAUUUUAGAAGAAUUUGCACAAUCUGAUUUAGAGACAGUACUAUCAGCAUCUCUAAGUUGGAAAGGUGAUAUAACAAUUAGAAAGCUAGAGAAGGAAGUUCUUCUGAUUCUGUCUCCUCUUCUAGAUGGUGAAGAAGAGAGGGCGUUGGUGCAAAAUGAGGCGUUACGGCUUGGCUUGUCUCACUCAAUCGUUCGUGAGCAAGGUUUUGAUUGCUGUGCUGUUUCCAGACAAUUGUAAACUGCGUUUCUUUUACGAAAAAAAACUGAAUUAUGAUCAUACAAAGCAUUUAACUA